AUGUCCUCGCUCCAACACGUCACAUCCGAAUACGACUACUUUGUCAAGGGCGUCGUCAGCGACGUCCUACUCCGCGUGGAAGAGCAAGCAUCAACAGCGGCCUCUACAGCAGUGCCGACCCCUUACAGCACACCGCCACCCCAAUUACAACCACCGCAACCGCAACCGCAACCGCAACCGCAACCACACCAACAACAACAACAACAACAACCACAGCUUGAACCACGUGGAGCCGAAAAUAUCGGCCUCCCGACCCAGUACCCUAUUGUCAGCGAUGACAGUGGAAACUGCGACGAUCUCAUGUGGGGAUCCGACCUCUCCUUUGGACCAAACGGGUUCCGCCCCUUGCCGAAUUCGCCGCCGAGUCCGCCUCUUGAUGAGGAAUUGGUCUAUAUCUAUACAAAGUCGCUCGUGCCCCUGUCGCAUCACCCGCAGCCGCAACCGCAGCAGCUUCAAGCGACGCACGCACCGAUACCACUGUCCGAGUGCACACCAUUCCCAGAAUCACAAUCACACUCCCAUUCCCAACCCCUAUCCCCUUCGCCAUCACCAACACACGUCAAGCGCGAUGACCUACCCGCACCAGACCUAUCCGAGCUAAAUCGGGGCGGGAUCCAGAAAAUCACGGGCAAGAAGCGGCGACGGCUCCUGCACAUCAUCGCGGAGCGGAAUCGGCGGCUGAACCAGAAUAAGAUGUACGAGGAGCUGUACCGGCUCGUGCCGGGGUUAGAGAACAGUGCGCGGUCGACGAAGAGGGAGGUCCUGACCAAGACGGCGGACUGGUUAGAGGAUCUGGUUGAGGAGAAUAAGAGGCUUGAGGAGCAGUUGAGGAUAUUGAGGGCUUCGCCGUCGGGGCCGGGCCCGGGGACAGGAAUAGGGCACGACCACGGGCGUGGAUAA